AUGUCACAGGAACAGCCAUUAGCAAUUUACUGUAACUGCGAUAGUCACAGGCUCACUCUUACACUAAGCAAAGCCUUUACUCUAGGCGGCUUACGAAAUCCUAUAGAUAUAAUUGGUUCAGUAGAGAACUUCAUCAGGGAAUCUACUCAGCGACGAUAUUUAUUACAAGAAGAAAUACAGUCAUCUCUACCAGCAAAAAGGAUUCACACAACAAAGAAACUGUGUGAAAUACGUUGGGUAGAGAGGCACGACGCUAUCCUGCAUUUUCGAGACAUCGUUUCUAGCCCAACUAUUGCGUUGCAGAAAUUAUGUAACAUUCGCAGUGGAAGCAGUAAUGCAAAAAUUGUAUUUUUCUUAGUUCGUGUUGUGCAGCCAUCAGAAUUUAUUGCAAUUUUAUACAUACUUGCCAAAGUGCUUAGGUUAGCAUUGCCACUUGUUCGACAACUGCAAGACAAGGAAAUCGAUCUAUUCCAAGCAAUGCUGCUCAUGGUAGCAGCACACGAGAGCUUGAAAGAACUUCAUCAGGACAGUAUUUUACACUUCCAUCCUGUCUUUAAGGCAGUAGGUGAACUUGUUGAGAAAUUUGUCCCUGAGAUAAAAACUCCUAGAACAACUGCGUUACAGACGAAUCGAACGAAUGCCCCAGCUGAGUCACGCGAGGAAUACUUUAGAGUGGCAAACCGGAUCCCUUUUCUAGAUUUUCUGUGUAAUGAACAAAACUAUAGAUUCCCCAAAGCACACCUUGAAGCCGCUUGUCAUUUAAAGAAGCUAAUACCGAUGUACGUUUCUGGUGAGUCCACUGGGGAAGUGCUGAAGAGCGUUGAAAUAUACAAAAAUGGUUUGCCGUGUUUCACAGUUUUGAAAGCGGAACUGAUGAUCUGGAAUCAGUUGAGGAAAAAACAAGGCCUCAAGCCAGCCUCUCCGAGUUCAUCUUGUGUUCCAAACAUGGCAGCCGCCCUUCAGUUCCUAUUGAUUCUGCCCAUCACUACUAGCACAGCAGAAACAUCAUUUUCUGCGCAGCGAUGCAUAAAAACCUAUCUUCGUAACACCUUGGCGGAAAACCGACUGAGUGGCUUAGCUUUGAUGCACAUCAACAGGAACGUCCAAUUUAUAGCAGUAGUGCUAGAAGUCCUCUAUCGAAAAUUUAAGAGAAGGCUGAACUUGGAGUAUUUUUGA